AUGAAAGGCGUCGAGUCGGUCGUGUAUCCUGCCUCUCCGGUGGAGUUUGGAGAUGAGAACUUUAGGGAGACGAAUUUGAAGUCGGCGUUGGAGGGGACGCUGGGUGUUCUGAGGGCUGUGGGUAGAGAGGGGAGUGUCAAGUCCGUUGUAUAUACCAGUUCAUUUGGUGCGGUGGGCCAGUACAAGUUUCUCCCCACUGAGCUCAAGGGUCGCACUACCACCGAAGACGAUUGGAACCCGUACAUCCUUGAAGAACUUGUUGCUAUCUUCGCGGACUAA